AUGGCAAAUAUUCAUGUUUCACCUUUGGCUUCUCCUUCCUUGGAGUGUUUAUCUCCAGCGGAACUGACGAACGAAGAAAGUGGACAAGUAGAGCAAGUGACUCCAAAUCAAGAUGAAAACGAAAAUGAUGUAUUUAAAGGAGAAACGAAGGCAUUUGGGAGAAAGAAAGGUUUCUGUAGAUUGAUUUAAAAAAUUUUCCUCGGAUUAGCAUGGUUGGCAGGGUAUUCGAGAUUUUGAGUUCAGUUUUAGAUUGCAAACAGCUGUGAACGGGACGCGCCUUUAAUUUUAAAUUGAACAAGACCAGGUCCUGCGCUAGCGCCAAUCGAUGUCUGAAAGAUUAUACUUCCUAUGAAUCUCGUGCAAGAACGGACCUUUGAUGUUUUGAAAGAGCAGUAUAGAUGAAGAUAUUUGAGGCUUGGUAGCCUGUUGCUACACGCUCUAAAUUAAUUCUUCACUUGUUCAUAGAAAAACAAAAAGUCGGAACUCUAAGACCUCUACUCUUAGUUACGACAUAGAUGUGCAUUUAAUACUUCACUCACACUCUUAGAUUUCAACCGAACAAUUCCGUCAAUUGUUCGGUUGAAACUUCGAAAUCACACAAAUCUAGGCUCCUGAUUCGUGUUUAUCAUUGACCAUUUAUCAUUUGUAGUAUGACAUCUUGUUCUUAAUUGGCAGGCCAAUUCGAGACACCGUCAGGCACCUUGACCACUUUACGUCUUAGUGCUGGUAGUGAAGACGCCAGUCAGACCAGCAGUCCGAAAAGAAGUCCCGUCUAUUGUUUCCAUUCCUUUACAUACGGGGUUAGUGGGUCGAGCGAGACUGGAACUGGCUUGCAUGAUAGUGGAAAGACAUCCGCUGAACUUGAUAGUAAUGAUACUUGCGAGAGUGAAAGCUUUGAUGCCGAUUCUCCCAAUGUCUGGCGCACAAGAAUGGUCGUGGAUCCGGGGGAGACAGAGUCAGGGUCACCCACAAUCCUCCAUGGGGGGAACUUCGGAAUUGGAGCAUGUCCCUCGGACGGUUUGCUAGCAAUUUAUACUUACCAUUCACUAAACUUGAGAUAGGUUCAGAUUUUUUAAUAGCAUUUGCUAGUUAUAAAGAAGGAAUUCCUGACAAAAUACAGCUGAAUAAGUAUUCUAGCUCAAAAGAGAACUGAAACUUUCAUGCUUGUCUCUCUACGCAGCCUGUUUUUUUUUCUUGUCCUGGUCAGUCUAUCCUCUUUUCCAUCUCGUAUCUGCAUUUCUGGUGCCUUUGUCUGCCUCUCUAUUUUUGUUUACCGUUUUCCUACUUCUUUCAUAACAUGGCCUAAAAUGUUUGACAUUGACUAACUACUUUUCAAAGUUAGGAGUUUGACUCUGAACCGACGCAUAAAACCUUGAAGUGUCUAAUUUCUCUCUAAUAUUCCGAAGCACGCUGGUUAUUUACGCCAUAUUAGGGAAUAACUGAUGAUCGGCCAGUCUUGUACACUGAAAACCAAGCUUUGUGACACUACUGAUUGCUUGGAGGUUAUAUUCUUCCGCUGAGAUAUGAAGUAAAUUUUUUUCAGACUCUGUGUCGUUAGAAGAAACCAACAAAACCAAACCCUCCGAAGCUUUUCAGGCGGAGAUUCACGUCAAACUCCAGAACUCAAACGAUGCCCUCAAUAGCGACACCAAGGAAGCGACAACUGCACCGAAACUGCUCUCCUCGCCAGACGAAGACCAUUCAGGAGAGGCAAAUGGAGAGGAAAAUUGCGCAAAGCCUCCUGUCACGAGACCGUCACCAGAAGGCGCGGAAAGUUCUGUAGUUAACACCCACCAGACCACAGUUUCUUCACAGAAUGGAAAUAUUACUAGUUGUUUCAUGGUUCCUAGCACGCGAGUUAUCUCCGAUCAUCAGUGGAGCGAGAUCAUAGGAAGCCCAUCAGGUGCUAUAGACGUAAAGAACUACUGGAUGUCAGGCGAAGUCAUGCCGGAAGGUAACAAGACUGAUGUCAUCAAAGUAUAUUUAUAGCAAAGGCUAAUGAAUGGUAAUCAAUUCCUUCUCCCUUCAAAUCACACACCCUUUGCUGGCCACACAUAGUUUAAUGAGUAGCUACCCUCUCUCGACAAAUUUUUUCAUUCUCCUUUGUUUUAACUAGAAAAAGAAGCUGUCGAUGACGAUCGCGCACCACUGAUACGUCGAGAAAAAUCUUACAUGGGAAACGCAACUGAGAUGAGCUCAGAGGAGGAAGAGGAAGAAGGAACCCCUGUGACGUGCUUUCCUUGCAGGGAGUGCCAUAUAUUAUGA